UUACAUUCAUGGAUACUGUCUUUCAAAAUACCACUUUUUUUUCUCAAGAAGCUCAAAGUAGUAUAAACUUUGAUAGCUUAUUAGGGAAAAAAAAUCCCAAGCAUGGACCACUUGUUAACCUGUUAAUGUGAAAGUGUCUACCCUUUGCUAGACUGCUUUGUCAUUUUUUGUAUUAAGAGAUCACAGCGAUUGGGAAAGUUUGCACAAGAUGAACUUGCAGUAUAGAGUGAGAUGCAAGCAAGUUGUGUGAAUGCAAGUACCAGUUUACUUUCCUGAUUCACAACUGUGCAUGUACAAAUGCUGCAAUUAAAUUUCAGUCAACUGUGAAUAAUCUUUGGACAGACAGUGUAUUUUCCUGUUAUAAUUGCUAAGAUUUUGCUUUUCCAAGAUAUUUUAAGGAUUUACAGUCAGACGUAAAUAAAUCUGGUGGUGCUUGUUUGUUAGUCAGUGGAAACUAUGCAAUAUUCAGUAUUUUAUGCGACUUACUCCCUCAGUCACUUUCUUAAAUGUGAAUUUAGAAGCCUAAUUAGGCAGUCCUGGUUUUUUGCUUUUCGUAUUUUCCGAACCACUGGAGUAUAAACAGAAUUCAACAGGAUAUGUGUCUGAGGCAAAGCUGUGGUUUUAGUCUACCAGUAUUUCUUAAAGUCCAAAUAUGAGUUGGUGUUUUAAUCCUUUUUAGUCCUAACUUGGACAUUUAACAUGAGUAGAAGAUGCAUAGAAGGUGAUUUAUUUUUAAACCUGUCCAUUCUAUUAGGACUUCACCAGGAGCACUGUCUCACACUAAAGCAUUUUAGAUUUUCUAGAUUUUAUUUGGAUUUCCUAAAUCCAAAAGCUUAAAAAAAUUACUUUUAAGGAUAAAAUUUUAAUUCAAAAAUAGUUUCUAGGUUUUUUUCAAAGCAGAUACUGUAUUUUAUUUAUUUUGACGUAAGAACCACUGUUUUAAAGAAAGUGAAUUACAUUUACCAACUAAGAUGAUUGUUGUAAAAUUGCUUUUUUGGUAGGAAAACUGCUUAAACGUAUAUAUAUUUAUUAUUGCAUUUUAAAGUGUAAGAUUAUAGGAAAGUGACAGGAGAGAGUGUGUGCUGGAAUAUGUCCAUUGGUGUUGUUUUUUCGCAGUUGCUGAGCAUUUAAUGCAGAAGAAUAAAUUAAAUAUUUUGGCGAGGAUAUUUCUAACUCUCUUCUCAGUUGUCUAGCUUGACAGCUUAGUAUAUGCAUGAUGUAGAGAAGAGUUGAAAGGGGAGUGCUCAGUCUAAUAACCCAACCAGUAAUUGUCACUCUUCGAUACAAGGUUACAAAGCAGCAGCAACAGUGGGUUUAGUUAAUAUGCUAGUAACAGUGUUUAAUAAAUACAGCAGCUGGAGAGGGCUGAGGAAUCUCAUAACAGAGCUGUAGGAAAGAAUUACAUUAGCCUAUAAAUACUGGUCUGCAGCAGCUAUGUUCAUUUCUCCUGUGGCUUGCACAGUAAGCUUUGUCCUUGUGCCUCAGAGUGUCUCAAAUGUGUUUGUAUGCUGGCAGAAGAGGCCAGCAGCCUUUUGUAACCUGACUGUGUGAUACCGAAAAUACACAGUCCCCCUCCCCAAAUUAGAGGUAUAUUAAUUGCUCUGUAAAAUACUUUUUUUUUUUUCACUUUUUAGAGUCCCUCUGAUGGUUCAGCUGAAUAGCUUUCUACUUUUUUUUGUUUCUUUUGUGUUUUAAUGCUUUGCAGUACACUACAUGAAUUUCUCAGUACCGUGACAAGCUUCCCACUUUACAAUUUCAGUCUUACAGUGACACUGAUGAGUGCUUCCAAAGCUGACAUACUGAUUGCUCUUCAAAUGUUGUGUGCAAUUUUUCAAUGAUAUAAAACAGACGGUCAUGUUUAAAAAAUGUCUCGGACCUGUUUGUGAUGGGAGGAGCUCUUGUUCUAGAAUCGGCAGCUCUUUUGCACUGGCUAGAGAGAGAAGGCUAUGGACCGCUAGGGAUGACUGGAAUAUCCAUGGGAGGACAUAUGGCUUCGCUGGCAGUGACAAACUGGCCUAAACCAUUGCCAUUGAUUCCGUGUCUUUCCUGGUCAACAGCUUCUGCAGUCUUUACUACGGGUGUGUUGAGCAAGGCAGUGAACUGGAGAGAGCUAGAGAAACAGUACUUUACACAAACUGUUUAUGAAGAAGAAAUCAUUCAAAUGCUUGAAUACUGUGGUACGGAUUCUUUCAAGAUGGGACAAGACUUUGUUAAAAACUUCCCUGACAGUGUGGACAGUCUGGAGGAUGUGGAUGUGACUUCCGGAAUGUUUGACCUUGAUUCCUCAAACAAGGCUGUAACUAAAGAAGAUGUUCACAGCUUUACCGCAAAUAGAAGUACUCUAAGUGCCUCAUCAGAAAGACUCUUAAUACAAGAUGCUCCUAAAAUGCAGUGCAUAAAUCAAACAUUUUCAACCAGUAGCAAUAGCAAUAAAAACUUAACCAGCGAACAAGGACACAGGAUAAAUAAAAGGAGGAGUGACACUUUACAGAGAGAAUCCUUAAGGUUCAUGAAAGGAGUAAUGGAUGAAUGUACUCAUGUUGCUAACUUCUCAGUUCCAGUUGACCCAAGUUUAAUCAUAGUUGUACAAGCUAAGGAGGAUGCAUAUAUUCCUCGAACUGGGGUGCGCAGUCUUCAAGAAAUCUGGCCCGGAUGUGAAAUUAGGUAUCUGGAUGGAGGUCAUGUCAGUGCCUACCUCUUCAAACAAGGACUCUUUAGACAAGCGAUUUAUGAUGCAUUUGACCGCUUUCUUCAGAAAUACGCAGUUUAAAAAUCUUCAUAAUGUAUUCAAACUGAUCUCAUUUGUACUUCGCUUACUGGAACUCAUAUUUGGAAAACAAGCCUUUUGCAGCAUUGAGUGGAUGGUCACUGACUUUGACUGUUGUAGGUAACAACUAUCAAAAAUGGUGAAGUACCAGCGUUACAUUCAUUUCAGCCAAAUGCCAUUCUGACACACUUGCUUCAGCUUUACCUGUGAAAAAACAAUGGCAGCCUUUGUUAGUGCAUGAAUGGUUCAUGUACCUCAUGUUUAAUCACAUUGUGUAUUUCUUUAAUUCUGAAUAAAUUCUGAAUUGUGUAUCAGUUGAAAACAGACCAAUCUAAGUAAUGAAAGAAUGUAAAAUCUGCUGUAGGGCUAAGAUGCUCUCUUGCGUUUAGUGUAUUUCUAGUUUGUUCCAGGUACCUUGGUUUCCUCUUGCUUCCUCGUCCCCUUGCUAUUCCUACUGUGUUGUACUAUGGCUUUGCCAGCACUCAGCCUCUUAUGUUUGUCACUGAUUUUCUCUAUUUUGAAUUGAAAAUGAGCUAUAAUAGAAGGGGCAGCAUCAAAUCUUGAAAAAAGAGACUUUCAAAAUUCAAUGAAGAGUGAGAGACACAUUUUCAUUCAAUGCAUCCCUGAGAUUUUUCUGCUACUGAAUUAAACUGUGCCAUUCCAGAAAAUCAUCUAGCAAUUCAUUGAUCAGUUUCACAAAAUUGAAUAAGUGAAAACGGAGUGUCUAGUGAUUAAUUGUUUACGUUCAUUCAGUUGGAUAACAUAAACUUUUUCUUCUAGAAUUUUUUUUUAGAAUGCUAGAGGAAAUAAAAAUGUAAUCAUUUUUCUUUAGAAGCAGUGGCACAGAGUCUGGUUCUAAGCAGUUAAAUCAACAGCAGAUUUUAUGGUGCUAUAAAGACCUGUUGAGAUAUUUCAGCAGAGGUCCUUUUUAAAGUGCACUCAGUGCGGAUAUGCAAAAUACAGUUUCACUGUGUAAUAUUAAAAAUGUAUGUGAGACAAAGGGUUAUCAAAACAGUUCUGUUAGCUCCUUAUUUUUCAACACUGUUUUUUUUAACUGGAUGAAAAAAAAAAUUAUGAACGCAUUUAAGAAAAUCCAAAGUUGUUUCUUCUUUUGGGAUCAAAAAUGCCAACAAAUUACAGUAGAAUAAAAGGUUGUCAUGCAUCAGCUGUAUACGGUAUCUGUCCACAUCUGAUUUUGUGGUAAUCUCCUGUAACAUUCUUUUAAAGUUACUUUGCAGAGAAGUUGAAAACUGAAACACUUCAAUAUUAAUUUUAGUACAGUAAUGACCAGAGUUACACAAAAACAAACAGAAAAACCCAGCCAUUUUUCACGAUAUGUGACUUUUACACCUUUCAAAUCAAGCACUUCAUUGAUCUCUGUGGUUAGUGUAAUGGUUUUCAAUAGGCAGAGUAUGAAGCAAACAAAGCUCAGUUUAUAUAAAUAUAUUCUCUUGAAUUUUAGUCUGGCAGACAGGACUAGUACCUGGGAGGAAAUAACGGUUCUCUUGAAAAUCAGAUAAGUUCAGGUAAAACUGAAGUGCAACAAUUUGUAAUAACCCAAAUUAUUUAACAUACAAAUGUACUGAAAAUGCAAAAGAAGUUAUCUUCUGUUGGAAGUUAAAUUGCUUGUUUCAAGUGUUUUUUCAUCAUUUUAGACAGUGUUGCUUUUAUAUGUAUUGGGAGCAAACGUGAAGUGAGUAGCACAUUUAAAUAUAGUGAAACAAUGUUGGAAGGUUUGAAAUCAAAUAUAAGUAAGCUCACAAAUUUAAAAUUGAAGGCUUGAAUACUAUACUAAAAGAUUUAUGGGGUUUAUGUUUUACAAGCUCAUUCAUCAACUAAGAGUGUUUUACAAGACCAUUGUCUGCUGUUCACCAGCUUUUUUAGAUCUCGCAUUUUAAAUGUGUUUGUGUGCUUUGUGUCCUGUUUCUGUUGCAGCUACGAGAAAGGGAGAUAGCUGGUGGCAAGGGAAAGGGCUUGAAUAAAUGGAAGAGAGAGAAAAGACAGAUUUUGCAAGGCAGGGAGUAAGUGCAAAAAAAAAAAUCAACUUCUCUAUGCUACAAAGUAUAACAUGCCAAAGUAAAUAUUUUCAAAGCGCACAAUACUAGGAAUUACACAACUGAUGGGAACUUGACAUCCUGAGGUUAGUGUUCUGAUGAUAUUACUAACAAGGUUUAACUUGCCAAAAGGGCAUACUAUUCACAGAAGCAGAUUGAUGCUAAUGUAACUCCUGUUUGUGAGACUGUCUUUUGGGAUAAGUAGUGAAAGACUGGUCUCUGACAAGAAUGAGAAAUCACACUUUGCUAUGUAACUAAAGUAAUGUUGCCAAAUAUGAAAGCCCAGUAAGAAGCAUUUAAGAAAUUUCUCAGGUUAGAAUAACAAAAAGGAAAAAUGAGCUCUGUGGUCUAUUUCUGCCAGUUAUCAGACACAGAAAGCUAUAUACCUGGCCUGUGAAGGGGGAAGUCUUGCUGUGUAAAUGUUUUUAACCUUUGGAAAAUCGACUUUUUAAAUCAGAUUUUAAGGUUAAAUCCUAGGAAAGCAUUAUUAAUAAUCCAUUUUGAUGUUAAAUGAGAAUGUAAUUUUAAUCCAGCAAUUGCAUGAGAAAAAUACUGGAAUAAGGUUCCUGCACUAAAUCCAAAUAGCAGGUAAGCCAUUCUGUAUGUCUUACAUUUAUUGUAAAACGGGCCUUGAUCAUUUUUUGGUUUUAACGUUUUUCAAUAAAAAUCCUAAAAAACCA